UUUUUUGUCAAUGUCAAAUUGCUUUUCCAUCCGCCGGUAAUCAGAUUAGAAGUUUUUUAAUUACUUGCAAUUUUAUCAAUUAUCGCAGCAAAUAAAUACAACGCUCGCAAUUGUUAGAUAACAGUGAAUAGUGGGAAACAGUAAAAGUCGCAUAAGCGAAUCCAGCCGCGGCCGUGAGUUGCGAGUUGCAGUCGAAAUGAGGAGAGUACUCCUGUUGUGCGCGGCGCUGGCGCUGGCCACCUGCGUGGCCGGCUUCUCGAGGAUCCCCCUGUACCGCAUGCAGUCGGUGCGCAAGCACUUGCACGAGGUAGGGACGGAGCUGCACAUGGUCCGCAUCAAGUAUGCAGCCGCAGGGCCCGCCCCGGAGCCUCUGUCCAACUAUCUUGAUGCACAAUACUACGGCCCUAUCUCGAUCGGCAACCCGCCGCAGACGUUCAAGGUGGUGUUCGACACGGGCUCCUCCAACCUGUGGGUGCCCUCCAAGAAGUGCCACUACACCAACAUUGCUUGCCUCCUGCACAACAAGUACGACAGCAGCAAGUCCCGGUCGUACCGCAAGAACGGCACGGAGUUCGCCAUCCACUACGGCUCCGGCAGCCUGUCCGGCUUCCUCUCCACUGAUGACGUCACUGUGGGCGGGCUGACGGUACGCGCGCAGACGUUCGCGGAGGCGAUGUCGGAGCCCGGCCUGGCAUUCGUGGCCGCGAAGUUUGACGGCAUCCUCGGCAUGGCCUUCUCCAGCAUCUCGGUGGACGGCGUGCCUCCCGUGUUCGACAACAUGGUGGCGCAGGGCCUCGUGCAGCAGCCCGUCUUCUCCUUCUACCUUAACAGGGACCCGGCGGCGCCGCAGGGCGGCGAGAUCAUCCUGGGCGGCUCGGACCCGGCGCACUACCGCGGCAACUUCACGCGCGUGCCGCUCUCCCGGGACACCUACUGGCAGUUCCGCAUGGACGCCGUGCGCGUCAAGGGGGCCUCCUUCUGUGAGGGCGGCUGCGAGGCGAUCGCGGACACGGGCACUUCCCUGAUCGGAGGCCCGGUGUCCGAGGUGGCCAAGCUGAACGCGGCGCUGGGCGCCACGCCGCUCGCCUUCGGCCAGUUCGCCGUGGACUGCUCGCUCAUACCGUCGCUGCCCGCCGUCACCUUCACCGUCGCCGGCCAGGACUUCACGCUAGAGGGCGUGGACUACAUACUCAGGGUGUCGCAGUUCGGCAAGACGGUGUGCCUGUCGGGCUUCAUGGGGCUGGACGUGCCGCCGCCCAACGGCCCGCUGUGGAUCCUGGGCGACGUGUUCAUCGGCAAGUACUACACCGAGUUCGACAUGGGCGGCCGCACCCUCGGCUUCGCGAGCGCCGCCUAACCUCACACCUCCACCCGAGACCUUCCCCGGACACGCGCGAUCUUGUAGCCAUUGUAACAUCUACACCCGUAUUCCGAACUACUUGUGAUCGCUUAGCGGUAAUCUUUCGCGCUCUAGACAACUGCGUUCGUGAGCGGCAGAAAGAGAUAGCGAAUAGAUCUGUUCUGGCUCAAUUUCGCGCCAGCCGAUUGAAAGGUUGACUGCUCGAGGACGUUUAGCAGCUCUCAUUUGCUAUAUUUUGAAGUAUAUACCUACUAAUUUACUUUGCCUUAUGUUUUUUAAUGUAUUGUCUUAUAUGCUGUAGCCAUGAUGUUAUAGAUGAAAUAAAGUAGAUUUUAGAUCUCGUUUGUUUUAGAUGUUACUGCAAUAAUUUAGAUGUUAAAAUGCAAUAAAAUGUAACGAAUUUCUUAUGUACCAAAGAGUUGUAACUUGUAACUCUAUAUCUCUCAUCACGGGUACUGUCCUACUGCUAGCAGUUUUUUUUAAUUGUUGAAUAAUUACUGCUCAUGACAAUAUUACAGUAAUUUUUAAUUAUUAUUUAAUAAACGUUUUAAAAUUAA